AUGGCCAAGCAAGUUAUUCUUAUCACCGGCUGCUCAAAGGGUGGCAUUGGUUAUGCACUUGCAAAGACAUUUGCUCAACAGGGUAACCAUGUCAUUGCAACAACACGUAAUAUUGAUGCUUUAGAGGGUUUAGAAGCAUACGGCUGUGAGAAAGAGGCUUUGGAUAUCAAUAGUCAGGAAUCGAUCAAUGCAGUCACCCAGAAAAUCAUUGAUUCAGUUGGUCAAAUCGAUGUUUUAAUCAAUAAUGCGGGAGCUCCUGCUGUUGGCGCCUUGUUAGAUAUCGAUUUAGACACUGCUCAACAGUGCUAUAACACCAAUGUCUUUGGUACACUCAAGCUCAUCAGAGCUGUUGCUCCCCACAUGGCAAAGAAAGGAAAAGGAAAGAUUGUAAAUGUUGGUUCGGUUGUGGGUUAUUCAAGUACACCUUGGGCAGGUAUUUAUGCUUCAUCUAAAGCCGCUGUUCAUUCCAUGUCCGACACAUUACGUCUUGAAUUAAAACCAUUUGGUAUUGAAGUUGUAGUUGUAGCCCCAGGUGCUAUUACUUCCAAUUUUGGUAAUGCUGGUGCUAAAUUAGUUACUGUCCCUGAAGAUUCCUUGUACAUUUCUGUAGCCAAGUUUAUUAUUGCUCGUGCUACGUUAUCCCAAGGUCCUGGGUCUACACCAAACGAAGUAUUUGCCACGCAUGUCGUCAAGAGAGUCCUUCAACCUGUUUCCCCUCGUUACAUUACUUUUGGUGCUACCUCUUGGAUAUUCCUCUUCUUGUAUUAUCUUCCCUUUUUUGUAAAGGAUUUCAUCUUUUACAAAAAGUUUGGUUUGAAUUUGGUCAAGACAAACAAAAAACAAGAUUAAAGGGUUUCUUUCUCUACUUUUUUUUUUGUCGGUGUGCAUAAUUUAGACGCAUUGAAAAUAGUGUCAUAUAGUUAUUAGUUGCAGCAAAAAGUUGUAUAAAUAAUAUUUAUCCCAAGCCAUUUUCCUUGAAUUCUUAAAAAAACCCUCAAAAUAUGGAGUCAACUAUAAAUAACCGAAUGCCUUUUAUUUAAUUUUUUUUAUUGGUAACUAUUACGUACACACAUCUUGGAACGAAUGAAAUGAACUCAUUUAAAGCACAAUAUACUAUUGUGUUUUACCAUUAAUGGACUUGUAAAUGGAUAGUGCCUGAGAAUUAAAUAGGUGAGUA